UGGCUCCGCUCCCCUCAGCAUGAACCCGAUCCAGAGUUUCCACUGUAAGCUGCAGGGUCUGGCCGCCGUGCUGAACCACGAGACGGCCUGGCUGCUGCGAGCGACAAGGAAGAGUCAGGAUGUGAACUUUGAGGAUUAUCCAAUGAGAAUAUUGUGUGACCUUCACUCAGAAGUUCAGACUCUAAAGGAUGAUGUUAAUACUCUGCUUGAUAAAGCAAGAUUGGAAAGUCAAGAAAGCACAAGAUUCAUAAAGGCAACAAAAGUACUGAUGAAAAAAAAUUCCACAGACAUCAUGAAACUAACAGAGUUUUUCCAGAAGUAUGGCUAUCAGUCACGAGACAAAGAAGAGUCAGGAUGUGAGCACAAAGUCAGUGACUCAGCCUCGGAGUUGGAUGUGUGUGAAGACCUUCAGAUGCCUGGUGUGGAGGGUGAUCUGUCCGAUCCAUGUGUUCCAAGCAGUUCUGUUUCUGAAAAUCUCCUACUACGCAGCCCACAGCUUUCAGAUUUUGGACUUGAGCGGUACAUGGUCUCCCGAGUCCCAAACCCCCCUCCCCAGGCAGCUGACAGCCUUAAAGAAGGGUCCGUAUCUGAAACUCCUCCCUCCAAAGACUCUUCGGUUACAGUGAUAAAGACUCCCAGGUGUGCUCUAAAGAUGGAUGAUUUCGAGUGUACAACUCCUAAAUUAGAACACUUUGGUAUAUCUGAAUAUACUAUGUGUUUAAAUGAAGAUUAUACAAUGGCACUUAAAAAUAGGAAGACCAUCAAAAGCUCCCCUCUGAAUAGUGCCAGUGGAGAGGCCAUAGGGACAGAGCCUGUGACCAAGGAGAAUUCUUUUGCCAUUCCUGGUUUCGUAGUCCAGCAGCUAGAAAAAACUGAUACUGAAUGCAGAAAUUCACCAUUGCCACCUAAACUCUGCACUCCUGGUUUGAAACUUCCUUCUACAGUAGACAGUACAGCUUUGGUAUAUAAAAAUUAUCCAUUGUCAAAACCAAAUACUUCAUUAAGCCAUAUGGAGGUUAAAGAUUAUGCUCCGUUAAUUUUAAAUUCAGAUGAAUGCUACGAGAGUUUUGCAGACCCCCCUUCUCCUACAAUUACUUCUUGUGAGAAUAUCAGAACACCCAGUCCUCCAGAAGUCACUGCAAUUCCAGAAGACAUUCUCCAGAUAUUAACAAAGCACAACUCAAACCUAGCUACUUCAUUGGAGGUUAAAACGAUGCCACUCAGGAAAGGCUUCCUCAAGUACGAGGGGCAGAGUAUCCGAGGUGCUGCCAACAAGGAAAACUGGUGACAGUAAGGCGCCACCACAGAAUGGAAUUCUAGUGUGGAUACAUCCAAUACAGAAGCUGGACAGAAAUGUAGAAGCAAAAGCUGGACUGAAGUUUUCAAAAUUUUUUUAAAAAUUUUAGCUGGUUAACACGGAGAGACCAGUGGAGGUGGAAGGAGCGCUCACUGCUGUCAGUCUUUUUUCUUUUCUGUUUUAUUUCAUUCUUACGUGAAUGUUUCAUUCCACCACACUAUGUUGGCCUCUCCAGCUUCCAUUUCUGCCUCCCAAGUGCUGGGAUUAAAGGAGUUAGUUACCACCUCCCAACAGCUUUAGGAAAUUUUGUGUGAUAUAAAGGUUAUUCUGAUUAUGCAUUGAAAAUUAAGUGGAAGAAUUCCAGGGUAAUUGUGUUUGUAUAUUUUUUGUUACAUAAUAUAAAAUAGAUGAUUUUCAAAGAAAACUCUACCCCACUUUUUGUGUGCCCUUUUCACUACAUGGCAUUUGUGGCCGUGAGUCCACAUAACUGAAUGGGACUGCUGAAGGAGUGAAGAGUGGCCAGGGAGAUGACUCCAGGUUUAAAGUGCUUGUUGCUCUUGCAGAAGGAUCUGGUUUUGAUUCCAGGUACCCACAUGGUAGUUUACAACCAUCUGUAACUCCAUUUCCAGGGGAUCCGAUGCUUUCCUCUGACUUCCAUGGGCACCAAGCACACACAGAUGCAGUACACAUACUAUAUACAAGCAAAGCACACAUAGAAUAGGUAAGUCUAAUAAAGCUUUUAAAGAGUGGGAAGAGGAGAGUGUUCUAGCAAAGGUUGGGAAGAGGCCUAGUGACUCAGGAAGAAGUAUUUUAGGCGGAGUAAUCAUUUCUUUCAGUGCUGCUGAGAAUAUGCAGGCUGAAUUUUGUUAAGUUUGCCAAGGUUGAUAACACUUUCAGACAUGGUUUGGGGUGAACAGAAGAAAGAAUGGAGGGAGUAGAGAGCCAACUGAGGCAGCUCUUUGGAGUUUUGCUAGGGUCAGUUAAUAAAUGGAUGGGCUACAGGGAAAGACAAGAUAGAUGUUUCUCAGGGUUAGUGGUAGACUUUAGCUUAAGCUUGGCUUGUUUUGACCUUUCAGAUUGUACAAAAUUUGUUUCCCUGAGCUCCACCCUCAACAUUUCCCUACUGUCCCUAGCUUGUCACUUAGAAUGAUGCUUCUAGCCCAAGCUGUACAUGCUGUGGUCUUUCCAGGGUAUUUUCCCACUGUUCUUUAAAGGAGAUCUCAGAUCUUUACUGUGGCCUAGGUGACUGCUCUCCUGCAAUGUGUUCCUUAGCCUCACCAGUCUUCAGCUUCUGCCUUGGGGCUGACACGCUGGCUGCUCUGCCUAGAAUGGUUUCUUUUUUCCUGCCAACUCUGCUUCAUUCUCUUCUGUCUUCAAGCAGUUGACAGCUGACAUUGCUUUCCUCCUCCACACUUGAGAACUUAUGCUUGCUGGGCAGUGCUGGCACAUGCCUUUAAUCCCAGCAUUCGGGCAGCAGAGACAGGUGGAUUUCUGAGUUUGAGGCCAGUUACAAAGCUAGUUCCAAGAGAGCUACGGUUGUUACACAGAGAAACCCUGUCUCAGAAAACAAAAACCAAAAAACUUAGUGCUCAACCAAGCAGUAUUGCAAUCGCUGACAGUGCUGGUAAAACAUGCAGAGGUACACCUGGAGCUAUGCAGGGUGAGUCUACCUGGACAGAGUCCACACAGGCUCUAGCAAGAUAAGAGUUUCCACUGUGAGCUGGUCUCAGGCCAGCGAGCUGUGCCCUCGACUUUCCAUAUAAAUGAUCAUAAACCCCUGUGCUUUAUGUUAGAGUCUAUUAUUGUCAACAAUGAAGAGUACUGAAGGAUUGGUUCCAGAUAUCCCAGCUCUUGAGUGCUGUAUUGUCUGUCACACUAAGUAGAACUUGUACUAUAUAUGAGUAUAAAAUGUUCACUUCCCAUGUGGGCUACCCACUA